AAUAAUAUAUGAGUAUAUAAGUAUUUAUAAGAAAAAAGUAUAUAUAUAUAAUAACAUAUAAAUUAUAGAUUAUAUAUUUCAGAAAUGUUGUAGAGAUUCUGAAUGGAAAAAUGUUGUAGAUCUUCCAGCACCACUUCUUUGUCGCUGGGAAGAAUGUUUGAAAUAUUUUAGAAAUUAUCAAUUAUAUUUAUAUCAUGUAGCUGCUCAUAUUCAGGAAGGUCCAAGAGGUAACAAAGUUGAAGGAGGUUUAGAAUGCAAAUGGACAGGUUGUAGCAAUUUAUAUCCUAAUUUAUACAAAUUGAGAGAUCAUAUACGACAUCAUACAAAAGAAAAAAUUGUUGCUUGUCCUGAUUGUGGUGCUACUUUUGCUUCUAAUACAAAAUUUCAUGUACAUUGCAAACGACAAAUUCCAAUUGAUGUUCAAGGAUUCCAGUGUUCUCAUUGUAAUAAGUUUUAUCCUACUGAAGGAAUAUUGAGAGAUCACAUGCAAAUGCAUGUUUUUAAUUAUAAAUGUAGUCUUUGUGAUAUGAGUUGUGAAUCACCAGCCAGUUUAGCUAAACAUGUUAGAUAUCGACAUGUUUCUACCAGAAGUUUUCCUUGUCAACUUUGCAAUCAUGCUGCUAAAUCUCAACAAGAUUUAGAUUCACACAUGACAGUUCAUACAAAUGGACCUAAUUUUUCAUGUCAUUUUGAAGGAUGUCUAUAUAAAUGCAAGGGUGCAUAUACUCUCGAUAGGCAUAUUGAACGAGUUCAUAGUAUGCAAGUGCGAUGGUAUUGCUGUCAUGAAUGUCCAAUAAAAUAUAGAAAAAGCUAUAGAUUAACAAAACAUUUAAUUGAAACACAUCAAUUGCAAUUACCUAGUGGUCAUACAAGAUUUCAAUAUACUCAUGAUAAAGAUGGAUGUUACAGAUUACAAAUGGUUAGAUAUGAAGCUGUUGAAGAAGAUUUAAAUCCUUCUAUCAAUCAAUUUAAAAUACAAAAUAAAAAAUUUAAAAUUAAAUUAAAUAAAGAUUCUAAUGUACCGCAAAUUGAGAUUUUUGAAGAUUUAAAUGAAACUGAGACAAAAGAUAAAGAAAACGAAACAGAAGGAAAAUCAAAGGAGGAAAAUAAUAAAGGAAAAUCUAUGCCUGUCAUUUCAAAUAUUUUGAUAACGAUUGAUGAAACUGAUGCAGAAGGAAAUGUAAUUAGAAGUCGAGUUGUUGAAGCGCAAGAAACUAUGGAAUUACCACCUUCUGAUGAGCCACCACUAAUUCUAACAUAAAUUUUUUU